AUGUACCGAAACCUACCAAUAGCUCUGCUAUUUUUAAGCUCCACUGUUCUUCAAUCACACACUUGGGCAAAACCCCUGCCGUCUAAUGGUGCGCUCUUCGACCAUGAGCCUCGAUUCAGUGAAUCAAGCCGCGCCGUCUCCGUCGUCUAUCCCCGUCUCAGUCAACCAAGCACGGCUCCAAAAGUCAAAGCUCCAACUCGACUCCGUAGGGCCGCGCCCACGUGGGAAAAGUACACUGUUAACGCAGGAGAUACCGCGUGGAGUAUUGCCGUUUCUCAUGGUAUCACUCUUGAGGAACUACAGGCUGCAAACCCACAUGUGCCAAAUUGGGAUGAGAUUGAGAUUGGACAAGUCUUGAACCUUCCUUCGCCUGAUUCUGGUGAUGGCGGUCAUCCAAGCACACCUUCUACGAACCCAGCCUCUGGUUUCUCACAAGUUACCGAUUCUUUGGCAGUUCAUAACUUCAAUCCAGAUGAAGGUUCUCAGCUGCUAGUUGAUUUUUACAGAACCUAUCAAGGGGAUGGCUCACUACAAUCAGGCUGGCCGGCAAAGUCACAGUGGUUGUCGUUCAACAGGAUGUGGGAUCAUGUGCAGUCUGGACUAGGAGAGUUCUGCGUAGGUGGUGUGCAAAGUACCACCGCACAGGAGAAGCAAGAUAUACGGGACUCCAUACUGAACGUUUCAGCUGACGCCUUGAUCGACCCACGAUUCGUCCUCGCCGUCGUCUUGCAAGAGUCAAAUGGCUGUGUCAGGGUUAGGGCCACAACCUCUUCCGAUGGAAUCCACAACCCGGGUGUCAUGCAGACAUCGAACGGUAUAGGGUCAUGUAAUGAUGGCGCGGCAAUCUCUCCAUGCCCUCGCUCUGAAAUUCACCAGAUGAUCCUGGACGGCGUGCGACUGGGCGACAAUAACCUGGUCAAAGCUCUCAAUGAAGCAGGCUCCAUACCAGGUCUAGGGCAGGCGGAGGAGGCUCAGGCAUUCUAUCGUGCUGCCAGAAUGUACAACUCGGGAUUCUUCAGCUUUACUGACGGUGCUGAUCUUGCCCAGAAAGGUGCAAUUGAAUGUUAUUCGAGCGAUAUUGGGAAUCGCUUGCUUGGGUGGUACUUCGCAGACUACAGCUGCUUCCUCAACCAGGAUUGA